AUGCUGAUACUGGUCAUCAGCCAGGAUGUUCUUCAUGACAAAUAUGCCACAAUAAAGAAGGAAAAAGCGAAAUUCAAAACUGUAGAACAAAAUGAUACUGGAGAAUUCUUGAUACCAUCAUCAUUGAUAACAAAAGAAGAUUUGGCGACAUUCAAAACUCAGUUAUUUGACUUCGUAAGGGAACAAUUUUCAAAAGCUGAAAAAAAUUCGAAAGCAUACAGAGUUGGUUUGGACAGUAAAAUUGCGAACAUUCAACUAGAGAUGGUUCAAUUGAAAACACUGGUGCAAGAUAAAAGACCAUUCGGAGAUAGUGAACAUGUUCUAUCAUUGGAGAAGCUAAAAGAAAUUGAUGACGUUACCCUUCCUAUGGAAACUUCUACAGAGUUCUACAAUUUUAAUUCAAAAAUUGUGCACGAUAAUUACAUUAGCUUAAAAACUUAUUUUGGCUGCAAUAUAAAUACUCAAGAGAAAAAUAUAGCUGCCAAAGUUAUAACUCCUAUUUUCAAAACUUUCUUUUCUAAAGAUCUUGUUAGAAAAUUUACUGCUCAAAAAAAGUAG